UUUCUAUCCUCCUCACCUCACUCGCCAUGACCGAUUUCCAUUCGAAAAUCGCUCUUCCUAGUACCACCUCCGGCGAUGGGUAUCAGGAGAACUUGAACCAACUGCAUAUCCAAACCCUCUCUUUCCCACUGAAUCCCCAACUUCAAAAGUUACCACAUCUCUCCGAUUACCUGCAAAACCUUCCAAAUUUUACAAACCCUUUGGAUCACAACCACUUCUAUCACUCAUUCAACGAAUUCUAUAUUUCUCCCUCCGAUGUUGUUCUCCGUCAAAUUCUCUUCAAUAUCUCCAACACCUCCCCUGUAUCCUCCGCCUCCUGCACUCUCCUUCCCCUCGCCUACCGCCACGCAGGCCCUCGUAAGCAAAUCUUCUUCAAUCCUUCCACAGUCCGAGCGGCAAUCGUCACCUGCGGUGGACUUUGCCCUGGAAUGAAUACCGUCGUCAGGGAGCUGGUGAUGGGAUUGUGGGAACUUUACGGUGUGCGUCAGAUCUUUGGUGUCAUGGCCGGCUACAGAGGAUUCUAUUCCAUGGAACCCAUAAAACUUGAUCCCAAGCUCGUGCACGGCUGGCAUAUGAAGGGUGGUACAGUUCUUGAGACCUUCAGAGGUGGUUUUGAUCUCUACAAGAUUGUUAAUGCCAUUGAAUCUCACGGAUUUAAUCAGGUCUACAUAAUUGGUGGAGAUGGCACGAUGCGAGGUGCUGUGGCAAUCUUCAAUGAGAUACGUCGCCGGAAAUUAAAUGUAGCAGUUGCCGGAAUCCCCAAGACCGUCGACAAUGAUGUUGGAAUCAUAGACAGAUCAUUUGGGUUUCAAACAGCUGUGGAGAAGGCUCAACAAGCAAUUCAUGCACCAGCUCAUGUGGAAGUAGAGAGUGCUGUUAAUGGUAUUGGCUUAGUGAAGUUAAUGGGAAGAAGCACAGGUCACAUUGUCCUCCAUGCUACAUUAAGUAGCCGUGAUGUGGAUUGUUGUUUAAUUCCAGAAACUGAUUUUUACUUAGAAGAGAAAGGAGGGCUUUUUGAAUUCCUUGAACAGAGGAUGAAAGAGAAUGGGCAUGCUGUGUUAGUAGUAGCUGAAGGAGCCGGGCAAGAUUUGAUACCAAGAACAGCUACACAGAGGGAAGAGAAAGAUGAGUCUGGCAAUCCAGUGUUCUUGGAUGUUGGGGUGUGGUUGAAGUCUGAGUUGAAACAGUGGUGGGACAGAGACCAUCCAGGGAAGCUAUUUACAGUGAAGUACAUAGACCCAACAUAUAUGAUACGUGCAGUCCCUGCAAAUGCUACAGAUAACUUAUAUUGCACACUUCUGGCGCACUCUGCAAUCCAUGGGGUUAUGGCUGGUUACACUGGGUUUGUUGCUGGACCCAUUAAUGGUAUUUAUGCAUAUAUUCCGGUAACAGAGGUGGCAAAUGCAAAGAAUGUUGUUGAUGUAAAUGACCAUAAGUGGGCUUGGGUUAGAUCAGUGACUAACCAACCAGUUUUUGUGAAGAGCUAGCAAGGAUUGAAUGAGGUCUCUCUCUGAUCUUUUUUUGGUGGUGAAAUACAGAAUCACUCCAUUUGAUCCACAAUUGUAAU